GUUGGUGCAGUGGUGACUAGUCUGAAUGCAGACGCACGGGUGUCCGCACUGAACAGGCAAAGCAAUAACACUCCGAAACUCCUUACUCCAGGAUUGACACCGCUCUUCUUAAGAAAAGUCCGAGGCAAACCCAAAUAAGGUGUGCUCUUUUUUUUACCUGUUUGCCCUGGUUAAACAUCACCAUGCCGUUCCAUUUCCCCACCAAGCCGAUCCUCAAAGGUCCAGUGGACAUCGUGAAGAAUCUAAAGGACAACAUCACCGUUCUGGAGAAGCGGGACAUCUCGGACAAGAAGGCUGAGAAGGCCUCUGAAGAGGUAUCCAAAUGUCUGCUGGCCAUGAAGGAUAUUCUUUACGGCACUAAUGAGAAGGAGCCGCAGACUGAAGCCGUGGCUCAGCUCGCUCAGGAACUGUACAACAGCGGUUUGCUCAGCAUCCUCGUUGCAGAUCUGCAGCUCAUUGACUUUGAGGGCAAGAAAGACGUAGCGCAAAUCUUUAACAACAUUCUGAGGCGUCAGAUCGGUACGCGGACACCCACUGUAGAAUAUAUGUGCACUCAACAGAACAUACUCUUCAUGCUGCUAAGAGGUUACGAGUCUCCCGAUAUCGCUCUGAACUGUGGGAUCAUGUUGAGAGAAUGCAUACGGCACGAGCCGCUGGCCAAGAUCACCCUGUGCUCGGAUCAGUUCUAUGACUUCUUUAGAUACGUAGAGAUGUCCACCUUCGACAUCGCCUCAGAUGCAUUCGCUACUUUUAAAGAUUUGUUGACUAGACACAAACUGCUCAGCGCUGAUUUUUUGGAGCAGCACUUUGACAGAUUCUUUAGUGAAUAUGAGAAACUUCUUCACUCAGAAAACUAUGUCACCAAGAGGCAGUCGCUAAAGCUGUUGGGAGAGCUGCUUCUGGACAGGCACAACUUUACCAUAAUGACGAAGUACAUAAGCAAACCAGAGAACCUCAAACUCAUGAUGAAUCUGCUGAGAGACAAGAGCCGCAACAUCCAGUUUGAGGCCUUUCACGUUUUUAAGGUGUUUGUGGCCAACCCGAACAAGACUCAGCCGAUCCUGGACAUCCUGCUGAAGAACCAGACCAAACUCAUCGAGUUCCUCGGCAAGUUCCAGAACGACCGCACCGACGACGAGCAAUUCAGCGACGAGAAGACCUACCUAACCAAACAGAUCCGCGACCUCAAAAAGCCCACCCCACAGGACGCCUGAGAAACAUAAGAAACCAAUGCGUAGAGAACGUCUAGGCAACGUCUGGACAAUGUUUGGCUCUCGGGGAUGUAAAGUGGCCACAGCACAGGGAAUGUUUGAACAGAUUUGUGUUUUGCAGAAAGCGAUAAACGACGCUUUAGCCAGACAGGUGAAAAAUGAUGGCAAGGAUGAGAUGAGUCUUGCUUCGCUGGACAUACAACCGCUCCCUCACAAAUUUAUUCUCACGUUUAAAAAAAAGCAAGCGAAUGAACAGAACAGGCGGUUAUAGAUGCUGCUGCAUUGUUAUUAUUGCACAGUGGAGGGUUUGUACCUUGCACACAAACGCACUCAGAUGUCUCUUUAUGCUAAUUAAUGCGUAAUAUGUGGACGAAGUUGGGAUAUUAAUGAAUUCAAAGAAUUUGACAUGCAAAAGCACUUUACAUGUGGUGCAUACGUGAUGUUUUGCACAUUUAUGUGUUUGUGAGAGAGAGAGAUAUUAAUCAUACAUAUAAGUAGCUGGUGACUAGGUGAACAUGCACAUACGUUUAUCCAUUUUCUCUUUUGGUUCUGGUUUUGUAGAUUUCAUGCACGCACAUCUCACGGUCUGAAGCUAUUUUUGAAACCGGUUUUUGAAUGAAUGCUUUGGUUGAUGGUUAGUAUAUGUGGUUAUGCUGUUGACCCUAAUUCGACCUGUAUUCUUGCUUUCUAGUGGGUGUUUUGUGAGAAUGUCAUAUAAGCAAGUUUUCUUUGGUUCUAACCACAAGUCAUGAAUUUUAACUAAACUGGUUCCCAGCAUUUAGUAAAGCCGCAUGAUCAAUAGAUCAUUAACUUGCCGUGUCUCAAUGAUUUGAGAAUCUCACAAAACCAUGUCCAGGUCAUGCUUAACCCCUAAAUUAAAAGAUGAUUAUAUAAACUAGGAAAAGGAUAUAUUCUGUCAUCAUUUACUCACCCUGUUGUCAUUUUAAACCUGUGAUUUUCUUUUGAAUAGAUAUUUGAGAUAUUUUGAAAAAUGUUGGUAACCAAAAACCGUUGGUCCCCAUUGACUUCUAUUGUAGGGACACAAGUCAAUGGGGACCGACGGUUUUCUGUUACGAACAUUGUUCAAAAUAUCUUCUUUUGUGUUCUGCAGAAGAAAGUCAUACAGGUUUGAAAUGACAAGACAGCAUGUACAUAAUGACAGAAUUUUCAUUUUGAAGGAGAACUAUUCCUUAAGUGUGCAUUGCGGUUUGUGUUUUUAAGCAUAUUUCCACAUUUAUAAUUCUUUCCUUAAUUUGUCCUUUUUUAUUUUUCUGUCAUUCUAGUUUUACUCCAUGAUUCUCAUCACUAAUGGUGAAUUUAGCAGCUCAAUUUUUAUAAAAACAACAUGUUCUCAAAUCACCUUUAAUUGGUCUUAUGCAACAUGUUAUGCCAUAUUAAUCCCUUGAUGUAGUUGUAAAACUUGAUCUGGACAAGUUUUGUGAGAUUCACCCGUGUGAGUUUAUUUCCUUUAAUAUGUAUUUGGGGAAUAACUUAUUCAAGGUGAGACAUUCUUAGAUGCAAAAUGAUCUGAAGUAGAUGCUAGGGAGCAACUCAAGCCCUUACUAGUGCUAAUUGAGCGAGCACAUCCUCAGUCAACAUUUUCAUUUAGCUGUAAUUUGAACUCAGUACUGUGUAGGUUAUAUUUACAGUUGUCAUUUAUUUAAAUCGACCUGAAUGUCUCGGCUAUGACACAAAAGAGAAACUUUUUUGGUAAAUCAUUUGCAAGCUACAUUUGCAUUACUGCUGUUUCUCACAUGACCACUUGCCAUAAACACUUCAUUCACGCCCAUGAAAGGACGCAAUUUAUAAUGUAACGUUAGCUUGUUUUACAUGCAAUGGAGAACUUUGUCCGGAGUCUCAUAAAACCUGUUCUACAGAAAGUUUACAAUACUGGUCAAAGUUAAAUGGCAUUGGCGUGUCUAUAUUUAAGAUGACUUAUGAUUAAAAACAAAGUAUCUUAACGUUUCUGUACUAUAAUCUCAGCAUAUCUCUAUGGUGACUAGCAACUCGCAGUAAUAGAACGUAUCUGUGAUUUAGGCCAAACUAUAGAUUUCAUUGGUUGGCAUAUGUAGGCUAACAGCAGCCGGUUGCGGUCAUCUUUCUGGUUAAUGGCCAAGAGCAUUAAGAUUUCUGAGAGUAGAACAUUUAACUUGCAUAUUAGUGCAUGUUUAUAUUUUAAAGCCUUAGGUUACGCAUGGUCCUCUAACAGGCCCGAGUCUGUUCAAUUCAACCGUCCAACCGAAUGUAUGUAGGUCCAGCCCAAGUAAUGAGCUGUGGGCCCUAUGGAAAUGGUGGAAUUUUAUUGAAAUUGUCAAUCAGUAGUAAGAUUAACAUUUAGAAAUAAAGUUUGAA